UAUUUUGGUGUGAGGUGGAGGCCAUGGGCACCCAGAAGCCAGAGGAAUGGGCCAAUUUGUUGAUUACGAGAUUCGAGGAUCAGCUGCCAUGCGGAGCUGGACCCCAAACAACCAACUCCCAGGUGAACGAGGAGAAGAAUCGAAAGUAUUUGAUUCAGAUAUCGAGGCACAGAUUCUCUCUGGUGAUUGGGGGGCUGACGAAGAUAUUGCAGAGGGUUAAUGAGAUGCUGCCUGGGAACAGUAGUCAGAGGCUUUUUCAUUAUUCGGAGCAAGAGAGAAAUCGCUAUGAGUCGAUUAUCAUUGUUUUGGAUACGCUGGAGCAGUGUCUGGCUAAUCAGCCCAAGGACACGGCUAAUAAGGAGGAGACCAUGAACGUCAAGUUGUUGUUGAGGCAGAUUUGUCAGUUUAUAAACAUAACAAAUGAUAGCCAACUGCAUUCUCACAUAAAGAGUCUCGCCAGCAAGGUCCUCUUUGCCCUAAGCCUAAAUUUCUUCUCAGCAGUAUUCAAUCGUAUAUCGGACCAUCUCCAGGAGCUCUCAGUGUGCAGCGAGGAGACACCAGACUGCAAUGAUAUAGAACUAAUCCAACAUAUCAACAUUGACAUAGACCGACUUAUGCAACUGCUAACUGAAACAAUCCAAAAAUUUCGUCUGCUCAAAAAAUCAGCCCAUAUCAUCCUGAUGAAUUCCCUGGAGCGUGCCAUCUGGAACUGGAUGGACACGUAUCCCCAGGAGUUCUCAGACGUUCAGAAGAGGCCGAAUGACACUCUUGCCAAAAUCUGUGGUGAGCUCUUUGACGUUCUCGAUGGUUUCGCUGAGAACAAGAAAGGUAGAGCUGCUGCUGUUUGGCCUCUCCAGAUAAUGCUCCUCAUUCUCUCGCCAAAAGUUCUCGAGGAGAUUGUCAAUGCAGACUCUGGUGCCCCCUGUUCUCCAAAGCACUCGAAAAAGAAACAAUUCAUUGAUGGAGUUAAACGUGGCCUAGUGAUGCACGGUUCCAGUCGACAGAUAACCGAAGCUGCAGCUGUCACCUGCGUCAAACUCUGCAAGGCCUCCACCUACAUCAGCAACUUGGACUCCAACAAUGUCAUCUUCACCCUCGUCCAGCACGUUAUGGGUGAUCUCACAGGCCUUCUAUUCAAUCCCACAAAACCCUUCUCCAAGGGAGGGAGCUCCAUAUCUCAGGACAUCGAACUGAUGAUCGACUGUUUCGUCAGUUGCUUCAGAAUAAAACCCCACAACGAUGAGAUCCUCAAGAUCUGCCUCAAUCUCAAUUCACCAUCAAUCUAUCAAUUUAUUUUAGUGAGUUCGUUGUACAGAAUUGUUACUCAGCCUAGGCUACUCUGGUGGCCCCAGAUCGACCUCAUAUACCCUAAAAGUCCUGAGUUGAGGAAUAUGUUCACGGAUACAUUGAACAAAGUUACCCAGAGCUACAUAUCUCCCACACCCUUGAAGAUGAUUCAGAGUUUUACGAUGAAGGGAAAGGAGCAGGGGAAGUACAAGGACAGGGGCGAGGAGAUAACGAGCCACAAAAAUCUGCUGCUCUGGAUGGUGAGGCUCAUUCAUACUGAUCCCAUGCUGAUGCUUUAUAAUCAUGGAAAGGCUGGACACGAGAUCCAGAGCUCCACCCUGGAGCUCAUCAAUGGACUCGUGUCUCUGGUCCAUCAACCCACGAUGCUGGACAUCGCCAAUGAAGCCAUGGAGGCUCUUCUCGUUCUUCAUCAUCCUGAUAAGAUCAAGGCCUGGAAUCCAGAGGCUCCCAUCAAGACUUUUUGGGACGUCAGCUCGCAGGUACUCUUCUCCAUAUCUCAGAAGCUCAUUCAGCAUCAGAUUGUCAACUACACUGACAUACUCAAAUGGCUGAGGGAGAUCCUCGUCAGGAGGAACGCUUUUCUAUCGGAGAAUAAGGAUUAUGCCAAUGUUGGCAGUCAGAUCGCCAUCUGCAAGCAGGCGCAUAUCAAGCUCGAGGUAGUUUUCUUCAUGUAUCUUUGGAGCAUCGAUAUGGAGGCUGUACUCGUUGCUCUCUCCUGCUUCUCCCUCAUCUGCGAGGAGGCGGAGAUCAGAUGUGGCAGUGAUGAAGUUGCUGUUACGUGUCUUUUGCCUAAUUAUCAUUUGUAUAUUGAGUUGGCGCAGACCUCCUCCACGCUUACUACUGCUAGUGGAGAAAGUAGGAUAUGUUAUCAUGAACAUAAUCAAGGUCGGGCCGCCCUGCAGAAGCGAAUAAUGGCGCUACUGCGAAAAAUCGAGCAUUGCGUUAACGGUGUACAGCCCGCCUGGGAGGAAACCUUUCGUAACUGGGAGUUCACCUGCCGCCAACUGACCAACUACCCUAAGAAUAAAACGGAAGACGGCCAGGUAGAAUCGUUCCACCGUAGCACAGGGAAACGUCGUGCUUCUCACCAGAACUCCGAGCACGAACUGGAAGAACAGAUCAACGAAUGGGCGAAUAUGACAGGUUUUCUGUGUGCCCUAGGUGGCGUCUGCCUCCAGCGAAAGUCCCCAAACCGUCCGAUGCCCUCAGGUAUUCUGCCCACUCCCGAACCCAAGAAGAUCCUUACCAAGUCCCAGGAAUCCUGUCUAGCCAAUCCAAGCCAGGAAGUCCAGUACUGCCCAGUGACGCAGUUUGUAUUAAAUCUGCUGCGUCUCCUAAUCCGUAACAACGAAAAAUUCGGUGCCCAAAUUCAGAAGCACGUCAAGGAGCUAGUGGGCCAGGAGAUGAGCCCAGCCCUCUAUCCCAUUCUCUUUGACCAGAUCAAGAGCAUUGUUGAGAAAUUUUUCGACCAACAGGGCCAAGUAAUCGUACUCGACGUUAACACUCAAUUCAUCGAGCACACGAUUUUCAUAAUGAGGAAUGUUUUAGAAUCAAAAUCAGAUCAGCCAUCUGAGUACCUGGGGAUGACGAGCAUCGAGGGGAUGACUCUGGCGAUCGUGAGGUACGUUCGACAUUUGGACACAACAGUCUACGCUAUCCACAUAAAAACAAAACUCUGCCAGCUGGUGGAGGCAAUGAUGAAACGAAGGGAUGACCUGGCAUUCAGACAGGAGAUGAAAUUCAGAAAUAAACUUGUGGAGUACCUCACUGAUUGGAUAAUGGACACGACACACCAGAUAGCACCACCACCAAACUCUGCGGACAUGACGACCAUCACUCGAGACCUGGAGCAAGCCUGCAUGGAGGCAGUGGGUUCUCUUCUUCGAGGGCUGCCUCUUCAGCCAGAGGAGUCAGACAGGGGUGAUCUCAUGGAAGCCAAGUCCCAGUUGUUCCUCAAGUACUUCAGCCUCUUCAUGAAUUCUCUGAAUGACUGCAACGACGCUGCCAACGAGGAGAAGGAAGUCGUGUCCAGGCAGAGGCUCACCUCUGAGAAGCUGUCGAGUCUCAGAAAUGCAACGAUCCAGGCAAUGUCUAAUUUACUGAGUGCGAAUAUCGACAGUGGUUUGAUGCAUUCGAUAGACCUGGGGUACAACAGGGAUCUUCAGACGAGGGCUGCCUUUAUGGAGGUCCUCACAAAGAUCCUGCAACAGGGCACUGAAUUCGAUACUCUAGCCGAGACGGUCCUAGCUGACAGAUUUGAACAGCUUGUCCAGCUUGUCACCAUGAUAAGCGAUAAGGGAGAGCUCCCCAUAGCAAUGGCCCUGGCAAAUGUCAUAACAUCGAAUCAAAUGGACGAACUUGCGAGGGUUUUCGUCACCCUCUUCGACGCCAAACACCUCCUCUCGCCUCUUUUAUGGAACAUGUUCUAUCGAGAGGUGGAAGUCUCGGACUGCAUGCAGACAUUGUUCAGAGGGAACAGUCUGGGCUCCAAGAUAAUGGCCUUUUGCUUCAAGAUAUACGGAGCUAGCUAUCUCCAGAAUCUUCUGGAGCCUCUGAUAACUCCAUUACUUGGAGACUCAUCCACGAGCUUUGAGGUGGAUAGCGCCAGGAUCGACGUCAAUGAGAAUAUCGAGCAGAAUGGGAGGAACUUGAUAGCACUGACUCAGAAGGUCUUCGAUGCAAUAGUCUCAUCAGCUGACAGAUUUCCUCCGCAGUUGAGGUCCAUGUGCCACUGUCUGUACCAGGUGCUUAGCAAGAGAUUCCCCCAGUGUCCUCAGAACAACAUUGGUGCUGUGGGGACUGUGAUAUUCCUGAGAUUCAUCAAUCCCGCAAUCGUAUCCCCCCAGGAAAUGGGAAUUGUCAAUAAACCAGUGCCUGUCCAGGUGAAACGAGGCCUCAUGCUUAUGUCUAAAAUCCUCCAGAAUAUCGCCAACCACGUGGAGUUCAGCAAGGAGCAGCACAUGCUGUCUUUCAAUGAUUUUCUUCGUCUGCACUUUGAAAUUGGUCGUAGAUUCUUCAUCCAGAUUGCGUCAGACUGUGAGACUGUGGACCAGACCAAUCACCCGAUGUCUUUUGUCUCGGAUGCAAACGUUCUGGCUCUUCACAGAUUACUCUGGAAUCACCAGGAGAGGAUCGGAGAUUAUCUCAGCAGCUCGAGGGACCACAAGGCAGUUGGAAGAAGACCUUUUGAUAAAAUGGCGACAUUAUUAGCUUAUUUGGGACCCCCGGAGCACAAACCUGUUGACUCUCACUUGCUAUUCUCAUAUGCUCGUUGGUCCAGCCUCGACAUGUCUUCCACCAACUUCGAGGAGAUAAUGGUGAAGCACAAUAUGCACGAGAAAGAAGAAUUCAAGAGCAUCAAGAGCCUCAAUCUGUUCUACCAAGCUGGCACCUCUCGACAAGGAAAUCCAGUGUUUUAUUACAUCGCUCGAAGAUACAAGAUUGGUGAGACCAAUGGAGAUCUCCUCAUCUAUCAUGUGAUGCUGACGUUAAAACCCUUUUGCCAUGCACCAUUCGAACUCGUUGUGGACUUCACUCACACUUGCUCCGAUAAUCGUUUCAGAACAGAGUUCCUGCAGAAAUGGUUUUACGUUCUUCCUGAGGUCGCCUACACUAACAUUCAUGCAGCUUACAUCUAUAAUUGUAAUAAUUGGGUGAGGGAAUACACGAAGUAUCAUGACAGGAUUCUUGUUCCUCUCAAGGGCAAUCGUAAAGUGAUUUUCAUUGAUUCACCAGCGAGACUUAACGAAGUCAUUGAGCCAGAGCAGCAGAAGCUCCCUGGAGCAACUCUAACUCUCGAUGAAGACCUCAAAGUCUUCACGAGUGCUCUCAAAUUAUCCCACAAGGACACCAAAGUUUCGGUUAAGGUCGGUCCCUCAGCGAUACAAAUAACAUCAUCAGAAAAGUGCAAAGUCCUGUCGCACCAGGUGCUCCUUAACGACGUGUACUAUGCCUCUGAGAUUGAGGAGGUAUGUCUCGUCGAUGACAAUCAGUUCACACUGACCAUCUCCAACGAGGCAGGACCCCUCUCGUUCAUUCACAACGAUUGUGACAGCAUCGUUCAGGCUAUCAUUCACAUUAGAAACCGAUGGGAAUUGUCACAGCCCGACUCAAUGUCAGUUCACACCAAGAUCAGGCCUAAAGAUGUUCCUGGAACUCUCCUCAACAUGGCUCUAUUAAACUUGGGCAGCUCGGAUCCCAAUCUUAGAACAGCUGCCUACAAUCAGCUGUGCGCACUUACAGCGACUUUUGACCUCAAGAUUGAGGGACAACUGCUGGAAACUUCUGGUCUAUGCAUACCAUCGAAUAAUACUAUUUUUAUUAAACAUCUGAGUGAAACACUGGCAACUAACGAUCCACAUCUGACCCUGGAAUUCCUCGAGGAGUGCAUGCAGGGGUUCAAGGUGUCGACAAUCGAGUUGAAGCACCUCUGCCUGGAGUACAUGACACCCUGGCUGAAGAACCUCGUGAGAUUCCACAAGCCUAAUGAUGAGGGUGGCAAGAGACAGAGGCAGGUCACACAAAUCCUCGAAAAGCUCAUUAUCCUAACAAUUGAGGAGGUGGAGAUGUACCCCAGCAUUCAGGCGAAAAUUUGGAGUACCAUUGGUCGUCUACCAGAAUUAAUCGACACUGUUCUUGAUAAUUUCAUUCAGAAGAGCGUAGGAUAUGGCCUGGGAUCUCCAAUGGUGGAGAUUAUGGCGGACACUGCUGUGGCACUGGCUUCAGGAAAUGUCCAGCUGGUGGCGAAGAAAAUAAUUGGAAGACUCUGCAGAGUUGUGGAUAAAACUUGCACCUCACCCACUCCUCUGCUGGAGCAACACAUGAUGUGGGAUGAUAUUGCUAUACUGGCAAGAUAUCUGCUGAUGCUAUCAUUCAAUAAUUGUCUAGAUGUGGGGAAACAUCUGCCUUAUCUCUUCCACACGGUGACCUUUCUCGUUUGCUCUGGGAGCCUGUCGAUGAGGGCCUCCACUCACGGUCUUGUCAUAAAUAUUAUCCACUCACUGUGCACCUGCAACUCUCCCUCUUUCUCAGAGGACACCUACAGAGUCCUGAGGAUGAGUCUCGAUGAGUUCUCGUUACCAAAAUUUUAUCUGCUAUUUGGUAUCAGCAAGGUGAAGUCCGCUGCUGUCACUGCGUUCAGGUCGAGCUGCAGGCACUCGAGUGACAAGUGGUUUUCCAAUGAGAGAACAACAUGUGGAGGGCAGGAUCGAGAGAGACUGUCGUUAACGAGUCUCGAGGUCAUUACUGAUGCUCUACUGGAGAUCAUGGAGGCCUGCAUGAGGGAUAUUCCCAGGUGUGAUUGGCUGGGUACGUGGACAUCUCUGGCAAGGAGUUUUGCAUUUUGCUUUAACCCUGCACUUCAGCCAAGAGCUCUCAUCGUCUUUGGGUGCAUAUCGAAGAGCAUCACCGAUCAGGAUAUCAAGCAACUGCUGAGAAUUCUAGUCAAGGCCCUCGAGAGUUUCAAUGAUAUUACCCUGUUGGAGGCUAUCAUCAUGUGUCUGACGAGGCUGCAGCCUUUGCUGAGGCCUGAGUCACCCAUUCACAGGUACCUCUUCUGGGUGGCGACGUCUAUUCUUCAGCUCGAUGAGGCUCCCCUCUAUGCUUCUGGGUUGGCACUUCUCGAGCAGAAUCUUCACACUUUGGAUUCUCAAGGAAUUUUUGAUGAUAAGAGCCUGGAGAAGGUGAUGAUGUCCACGAGGGAGCCUCUGGAGUGGCAUUUCAAGCAGUUGGAUCAUGCUGUGGGUCUGUCAUUCAAGUCGAAUUUUCAUUUUGCCUUGGUGGGACAUUUGCUCAAGGGGUACAGACACCCCACACCUACCACUGUCACGAGGACUGCUAGAGUGCUGACAAUGUUGUUGGCUAUCGUGGCAAAACCAGUUAUGAGAGACAAGUUCGAGGUGACACCUGAAAGUGUGGCGUAUCUAGCUGCUCUUGUACAUGUUAGUGAGGAGGUCAGGAGCAGGUGUCACGUCAGACACUCACUAGGGAGAAAUGUUGCCGAAUCCAACUCCAGUGAUUUUCUGGAUGUGCUGGUGACGAAUGGACCUGAUGUUAAUCCUAUCGGGAACCUCACGAGUAGAAAACAAAAGUCCUGGGAUCUGCUCGAUCAGAAUGCCAUUAGUCAGGCUAAACUCCAGAAACCACAUACCUCGCAUCAAAGUGGAAGGGCUUUGUUCAGGACCCAGAGAUCGUUCUCUGUUCCAACUACCAAGGAAGCUAAGGCUAUCGACGAGGGCGAGUCUAAGAAUCGCAGCACCAGAGUAAGUGUGAGUAAUGAGAACAACGUCCUUUUGGAUCCUGAAGUUCUCACUGACUUUUCCACCCAAACCCUCGUGCUGACGAUCCUGGCGACGUUGGUCAAGUACUCUACUGAUGAGAAUGAGACGAGAAUACUCUACGAGUACCUUGCUGAGGCCUCUGUCGUAUUUUCCAAGGUUUUUCCAGUCAUCAACAAUUUGCUUGAUGCUAAAAUCACAAGUGUUCUGUCGUCAUGUCACGAUCAAGUGAUCGUGAGUGCAGUUCAGGCUAUCAUUCAGAACAUGAUAGCUUGUGAGGACACGGGUCAGCAGCUCCACUAUCUCCAGAGCUGUGGAUUUGGAGGUCUCUGGAGGUUCGCUGGACCAUUCGCCAAGUGCAAUCGAACAGCUGAGAGCGCCGAAUUAUUCGUCAAUUGUCUGGAGGCUAUGGUGGAGACGUGCCUACCCACUGAGGAGACUGAAAUCAGCAGCGAAUUGUCUGUCGAGAGUGACAGGAGGAGUGAUAAUGUACAAAUGCAGGGAAGGAGUGCUGUAUCGAGAGGGCGAAAUCAUUCUCAGGAAAUUAGUUCAAAAGAAGCUUCGUCUUCUGGACCAAGAGAAUUUCAUGUCGAUAACAAGAGGGAACCAACUGUUUCUACUCACGUGAAUAACAUCUCUCAUUCAUAGCGUUUAUUACAAACUUCUAGACACUUUGGGGCUGGAUACAGCCGGAUCAACAGGCUCCAGGACACGACGGAAAACUCGUCGUCUAGGUGAUAAUGAGGACACCAAUGACAGCAUUUAUGGAUCGUUUGUAGUUAGAGGAUGAAGCUUUAGGUUUAAAUUGUUUUUAAUGUAGGUAAACUGGCUGUUGUUUCAGUAGUGAAGUGCUAGAACUAGAGAUUAAAUUAACGAAAAUAUCAAAUGAGGAAUUAAAAAUGAUACUAGAAAAAGUAAGCUGAGGAAAUAGUCCUGUUUGAUCACUUUACUACUGAUUCAUCAUCCAAUUAUUUCCCUUUAUUAUUAAAAAUGCACAACGAGUAUUUUUGGGUCUCCAUUACAUGAUCAGUCGAUUUCAUUUAGUGCCGUCCACGUCCUAAUAAAACGCGAUAACGAAAAAAAAUCUACCUGAUCAAUUCCUCACUAUUCGAAGGAGUUUAAAUAAUGAAGAUGCCCCAUUAAUUUUUUUAAUCUAUUGUUUUAAUUUAGUCGAUGAUUUCGUGCAGGUGAAGGCACGAAUUAAUUUCUUAUUGUAUUGGAAUAUGGAGUGCAGAAAGAAAAAAUGUCUUAGUGUGAGAAAAAAAUCGUUCGUUUGUUCGAGAAGAGGUUUCUACAGUCUAGAAAAUUUUAAAUUAAUUCUAUAAACAUUCUUGAAUGAAAAAUAGGUUUUUUAGAAUCUAGGAACGUCCUUUGCGACACGAAGGUUUUUUUUGUCAAAUCCAAGGCAUUUUUUUUUUGUCUCCUUGGAUACAUGGAAUUUAAAAUUCAUCACCAAGGCUAAUAACGACUCGAUUAUUUUCCACCGAGUGUAUAAUACACCCUAGGCUUUAAAUAAAGAUUAUUUAACGAGAAAAAUGCGGGGAGCGAGUAACUCUCGAGCCCCUCGUGUAGCAAUUGAGAAUAGAAGUUAAAGUAAGUUUUAAAUAAAUUAAAUUUCGUAUGCGGCCUAUUACCGUACUAAUCCGUAAUUAGUAUUCUAGGUCGCUGGUAUAAUCAAUGUGAUGUAUUUACUAAAAAUUUUAAUGCCAAUAUCAAUGAAUCGUUUUUUGAAACUAGUGGAUAUGAAUAUUUUAUUAUAUUUUGACUGUUUUUUUUCUUUUUUACCAGAUGAGUAUUAAAUUUUCUCUCUAACAGGACAGACUGCGUCUCAGUAACGUUUUUUUCUCGUUCAAACCAUUUAAUCAUUAAUUUUCUUUUAUUUUGCAUUUUAAUUAGUCUCGAGGAUUGAAUGCUUCCGGCCAUUGAGUCUUCCUAGAUUUAUUCUUUUUCGCGUACGUUCUUUCGAUUUUUAUGAGGAGGAAAUAUCACUAUUGUUAUUAUUCAUUUGUUGAUAUUGAUUAACACUGAACACCAAUUUAAGAUCGCAGGCGAACCUUAAUCGAUUGCAGAGGGAUUUUAAGGUGUCAUGGGGAAAAAUGUUUGUUACUAUUUCUCGUGUUGUAGAAUAACGUCAUAUUUUCAUUAAGUAUCAUAUGUAGUUUCGAGGGGAGUACUGUGAAUUGUAAAUACCAUGGCUUAUUAAUCAAAGGAUCUUCCUGCGUUCUCGAUGCCACUCUAGUUUCGGAGUGGGAACAGGCAAUAUUCAAUUAAAAUGCGGUAUUUUAGCUAAUUAUCAAUUUGUGGGCUCUCCAGAUAUAAGAGAAAAAUGAUAGAACUUCUUUUAAUAACCCGUGAUAUUUAGAACUCGUAGUCUCCUCUCUUAAGGCUCGGGUGGAUUAUCUAGAAAAGAUAAUUUACUCCGAAAUGCGGAUUCCUAAUUACUUUGGCAA